AUGAUGCUUUAUGAGAUGGGGUACACUGAUGUUCUUACCACCGUGACGAAGGUUAAGAAAUCGUGUCUGCCGCCGCAGUGGAAUGGGUUGCUUACUCUUAUAAACAAGGGUUUGGCAGAAAGGGUUGCUGGGUCAGAUGGUACAAGUAAAGGUUUUCUGACCAUUCUCUAUGGUCUCUAUAAUGGCAUUAACCUCGAUUAUGGCUCGAUUAUUUGGUCGCAACUGGUGCAAAGUCUCAACACAUCAACGAGACAUUCCGAGAUUUCUUGUGGUCAUUUCUGGACCAUCGUCACCAGGCGAGCCAUUGAUACUUUACAGAUUCCAGUCAUGAAAGAUGCAUUGGUCUCUUUUGUGGCUGCUUUUCAUAUGAAGAAUAUCAUCUUCUCAGAUGCCACCAAAUUCUCUCAUGUUGGUUCAAUACCUGAGACGAUGUACAGGGGAGUGACAACCGAAAGUACAGUGAUGGUUGACUACCGAAAGCUUCCUCCCAAAGGACCAAGCGAACUGACUCCUGAACAGCAAGCUGCUUUAGAUGCUGUGGAGAAGCCAGCGAAGCGAGGAAAACAGCCAGAUACUAAGAAGGUUGCAACCGAAGGUCCUUCGUCUAAGCCUGUCAAGUCUAAAAAGCGAAUGGCUGAAAAGGCUGAUUCUUCAGCUCCAAAGAAAGUUAAGAAGAUGGCAAGGAAAUCCAAAAGUCCUUCUCCUUCAGGUUCAGAACAUGAUGAGGAGCGAUCGGCAGAUGAGGAAGAAGAAGUUCAGCAUCAUGGUUCACCAAGAGGUAAUACACCUCCUCGUUCUCCAACUCCUACUGAACAACUUCAUGACAAGAUUCCAACACCUCCUCCAUCUCCACCGAAAUCUAUUAUUCCAGUUUCGGUUGCUCCAAUUCCACCACCUUCUACAUCUCAAACCACCACUUCUGUACCACCACCACCACCACUAGUUAGUACCGUACCAAUCUCUACAACUUCUUUACCUCCUCCCAUAUUUUCACAAACAACUACCACAACUCUACCUACCACCACAACAACCGAACCUCCAGUAAACGUCAACGUAUCUGAUACGGGGGCCAAUACUAAAACCGAACCUCCUGUUACAUCCAAACCUCUUUCACCCUCACCUUCCACUGAUUCUGGUAAUACUCUCGGUGGUGACAAUGUUGAGUUUGACUCGACUUAUUACGGUCCUUAUCGACUUCCCACUGAUGAAGAUGAAGAGGCUCCUAUCACCAGACAACAAGUGCAGAGUCUAGAUGCCAAGCUUGAUCAAUUGCUCGCCUCUACUAGGAGAUACAACGAUGUUGUGCUCAAGGCUUUUCUGGACACCGCUUUUGAGCAGUAUACAGGAGCUAUUGACAAAUCAACACAGGCGGUUGAAGCAUCAACAUCUUCUUGUCAAAAGGCUACAACUGAAGUUACAGAACUUAUUCACAGUUCCAAGAUUUUUCUUGAAUCCCUUAAGGGUCAUGCUGAUUCAAAUGCUGCUAAAGUGAAUGCUUCAGUUGACUCUUUAUCAAAAUCACUUCAAGCGGAGCAAGAAAAAUUCGAGAAUGUUCGUUCUUCAAUUCAAGCUGAGAACGCUUCUCUUAUUAGCUCAAUGAAUUCUCGCCUUGAAACACUCCAUGCUGAUUUAUCAAAGGAGAGCGCCUUAAGGGAGGAUCUUGCACGCCAAACCUCUACCAUUGAAGUCCAGAAGGUUCAAUUGGCUCAAGCUGAAAGGGAGAUUUCAUUGUUAAAAACUGAGCGUGCUGUUUUCCGGAGUUGUGCUGGGGAUGUUCAGAAUAUGCUAAACAAUGUUCUUAGUGCUCAUGAUCCGAUUCUUACUCCGACCAUCCGAAAUCAUCUGACUUCCAAGCUUCUUCCUGCCCUUGCACUUUUACAUGAAAUGAAGGGUGUUUCGGAGCGGUUCGUACCUCCAAAACAAGGGGGAGAAGGUGCACAUACAACUCAAACGAAGGUCACUGUCAAAACAGAACCGAAGGGUAAUGAAGCUUCGGGUUCUGAUAAUCAAAAUAAGAAGAAGGGAUUUGCUGAUGAUAGUGAUGAAGAAGAAACAAUUGCUGAGGCCCUGAAACGAAAGAAAAGGGAUAAGGAGUUGGAUAAAACUCUUCGUGUUGCAAAGGAAGCUGAAGAGAGGGAGCGAAAGAACAAGGAAAGGCAAGACGCCUUAAUUUGCAAAAAGGCCUUGUUUCCUCCUUGGACCAGGGAGAUGCUCAUCAAAGAAGCGAUAGAGUUUCCAAGCAUUUACUGGCUGGAACCUGUGGCUUCAUUUGAUUGUGAGAAUACGAGGGACUCACAGUUUGAUAUGCCUAUAACACGAAAGGCAUUUACUUUUCACUGCUUUGAUUCAACUGUUCAAGUUCCCUCACCUCACCCUCAAGUUGAUCGUACUCUUAUCGAUUUUUAUCUCAAGUUCGGUCAGCCUCAGUACCUGACUUGGAGUGCACAGAAGAUUAUAACUGUCAAGGUGCUGAAACCAUCGCCUGCAGGGAAGUUUGUCAAUGUUAAUUUCAAGAUAACCUGA